UCCAAAAUCAAAAGAAUCAGAGUUGGAGAAGAAAACAACAUUUUCAAGAAAUCGACAAACGCAAAGUCGUGUAUCUUUUACCGUUUAUCCGGGUUGGAUAACCUUUCUCAUUUGGUCCCACUACGUUUCCCCCUCUCUCUCUACACCCCCAUGUGAUCAAGUCCCCCUUUUUGCAAUCACCAAACGGUCCUAGUGUUUUUCAUGCUACCAACAAUUGUGUAUCGUUGAUUCAUUAUCACUUAUGCUCGCACUCGAUUGAACGCCAGCUGUUUGCGAAUUCACCCCUUUGAGUUUGACUGAUUUUGUGCUCAAAUUUCUUCCGUUUCUUGAACCUUUUUCUCGGCCAUUUCCGUUUCUAGUUCAGUGAUUGAACUGUUUGGAUUGGUGGGAGGUGGAAAUCCGGAGCUGAAUUGCGGUGGUUGGUGGUGUUUUGAUCAGGGUUUUGUUCAGCCUGAUUGAGUUGCAUUGUGGCGGUGAUUGGUCUGGUGUGAAUUGGGGUUUUGAAUCCGAAACGGCGCCGUUAGAUGGCGCUAUUCAGAAGGUUGUUCUACCGGAAGCCGCCUGACCGGCUUCUUGAGAUUUCAGAGAGGGUCUAUGUGUUUGAUAGUUGCUUCUCCACCAAUGUACUUGACGAAGAUGAGUACAGAACGUACAUGAAUGGAAUUGUUGCUCAGUUACAGGACCACUAUCCCGAUGCUGCUUUUAUGGUUUUCAAUUUCAAAGAAGGCGAAAAAAGGGGCCAAUUAUCCGAUGUGUUAUCUCAGUAUGACAUGACAGUAAUGGAUUACCCUCGGCAGUAUGAAGGGUGUCCGUUGUUACCACUGGAGAUGAUUAACCAUUUCCUGCGUUCGAGUGAGAGCUGGCUGUCGCUUGAGGGCCAACAGAAUGUGCUUCUAAUGCACUGCGAAAGGGGAGGAUGGCCUGUCCUCGCCUUUAUGCUUGCAGGCCUUCUUCUGUACAGGAAACAGUACACGGGCGAGCAGAAGACACUUGAAAUGGUGUACAAACAAGCACCGAGGGAACUUCUUCAUCUCUUGUCUCCUUUAAAUCCACAUCCGUCUCAGCUCAGAUAUCUUCAGUACAUCUCUACAAGGAAUAAUGGGUCCAACUGGCCACCGGCAGAUACACCUCUGGCUCUGGAUUGUAUUAUUCUUAGAUUCCUUCCUUUAUAUGACGGUGGAAGAGGAUGCCGACCCGUAUUCCGUGUAUAUGGUCAGGAUCCUACUUCAAAAACAUCUACUAGAAGUUCGAAGCUUUUGUUCUCAACCUCGAAAGUCAAAAAGAAAAUCCGCCUCUAUCAACAGGAAGAGUGUGAGCUAGUAAAAAUUAAUAUCCGCUGUCGUGUUAAAGGAGACAUUGUUCUUGAGUGCAUCCACUUGGAGGAUGACUUGGUGAGAGAAGAGAUGAUUUUUAGAGUGAUGUUCCAUACAGCAUUUGUCCGAUCAAACAUUUUGACGCUAAACCGCGAUGAAGCUGAUGUUCUUUGGGAUGCCAAGGACCAGUUCUCUAGGGAAUUCAGAGCAGAGGUACUCUUUUCGGAUGCAGAUUCUGUUCAUUCCGUUGUAAACACAGAAGAAGCUGAAAGUGACGAUGGAAAUGAAACAGAAAAUGCCGGAGCUGAGGAAUUCUUCGAGGCAGAAGAGAUAUUCAGCAGUGCAGUAGAUGCUCAUGAUGGCAAGGUGGAGUCGGAGUCAGAAUCUGAUGACUACGCAGUUAUCACAAGUUCUGAGGUCAACCAGAGUACUCAGGAGGUAGCUGUGAAGGGCGAUUUGGGUCAUCAUGCAUUUGAAGAUUGUGUGUCUGAUGAGGGAAUUCAGAGGCGUGAACGCAAUGAUAGCAUGCAGCGUAAUGGGAAUGCUAAAGUAGAGUCUGGACUUCAGACUGAUAAAGAAGAUACUAGUGCUGAAACAAAAUCUAUUAAUGGUGGAACGGGUGAUGAGUGUGAAGAUGAAGAAGAAGAAGACGAGCAAAGGGAAGAAGCUCCUCGGGUACUGAAGUAUCUCAAAGAGCAGGCCCAUGAACAGAAGCCUAUGUCUGAUAGUAAUAAGCCAAAGUUUGAUAGAAAGCCGCCAAUUUCACGAUCUGCUUCUGAUGCAGUCACUACCAAUAACAAAUCUAAGCUGCCGGAGUCGCAGAGCACUCCAGCUAGGGUGGCAAAACCAAAUGCUGUAUCGAAGUGGAUACCUACUAAUAAAGGUUCUUACACUAGCUCAAUGCAUGUUUAUUAUCCUCCAUCAAGAAAUAACAGUGCUCCGGCAUCACUAACUCUUGGCAAAGAUUCUACGCCGGGAGGGAAAUCAAAGCCUCCCUUUGUCACUUCAUCUUCACCAUCUGCUACAACUGACAGAGGUACUGCAUCAGGCCGUUCCAAGCAUGCAUCUAGCCCAUCAUCAUUAGACGCAUCACUGGCUUCUGCCCCGUCUCUACCUUUACUCUCAGAGGUGGGAGGUGAAGCUGAACAUAGUAUAGAAUCUCCACCACCUUCAGAUAUACCCCAGCAAUCGCCAACUCCACCACCACCGCCGCCAACUCCACUCCUUAUUUCUUCAUACCCUGAAAGAUCUUCUAGCAUAAGAAAGCCCUCCCCACCUCCACCACCUCCUCCUCCGCCACCACCUCCAAUGAAUGGGCUUCCUUCUAUUCAAUCACAUAGAGAUUUGCCUCUUCCCUCAGUCCCACCUCCUCCGCCGCCACCUCCUCUUUCACGUGGUGUACCCCCACCUCCACCACCUCCAACUUUUGGAAAUUAUGUUCCUCCUCAGAACCAUAGGACUCUACCACCUCGUCCUCCUUUGUGCAGUGCUCCACCUGCACCACCGCUUCCUCCUCCUGGUGCAUCUGGUGUACCAGCACCUCCACCACCGCCUGGACAGGAAAUGCCUGCUCCACCGCCUCCACCAUCACCUCUGGGACAGCCUGCUCCACCACCUCUAGGACGGCCUGCGCCACCACCACCGCCACCUCCCCCUCAUGGAGCUCCGAAACCUCCACCUCCUCCUACCCGUGGUGCCCCAAUCCCACCUCCCCCACCUUCAACUCGUGGCCCUCCACCACCUCCACCCAUAGGAGGAGUACCACAUCCACCAGCACCUCCUGCAGGUCGUGUGCUUGGUCCACCAGCACCUCCAGGACCUUCAGGAGGUGCACCACCCCCACCUCCCCCAUUUGGUGCAAAAGGACCUGCAACAGAUAGUAAAGGGUUGCUUGUUGGUAGAGGGCGUGGGCUUCCACGUCCAAUGGCAACAGCAGCUCGAAGAUCUACCUUAAAGCCACUUCAUUGGAGCAAGGUAACCAGGGUAUUACAAGGAAGCUUGUGGGAAGAACUACAGAGAUUCGGGGAUCCUCAAGUUUCACCAGAAUUUGACGUUUCAGAACUCGAGGCCCUUUUCUCUGCCACAGUACCGAAGUCAAGUGCAGGAGGAAACGCUGGGAGCCGCAGAUAUUCCACUGGAUCUAAGACUGAAAAAGUCCAUCUGAUUGAUUUGAGGAGAGCCAACAACACUGAAAUUAUGCUCACAAAAGUGAAAAUGCCCCUUCCGGACAUGAUGGCUGCAGCACUUGCAAUGGAUGAUUCAAUUUUGGAUGCUGAUCAAGUCGAAAAUCUCAUUAAAUUUUGUCCAACUAAAGAAGAGAUGGACCUUCUUAAGGGCUACACAGGAAACAGGGAGACUCUGGGGAAGUGCGAACUGUUUUUCCUGGAGCUGAUGAAGGUUCCGCGAGUUGAAUCUAAGUUACGGGUUUUCUUAUUCAAGAUCCAAUUCAUCUCUCAGGCUUCUGAUUUCACGAGAAGCUUGAAAACUGUGAAUUCAGCAUGUGAUGAGGUUCGGGGGUCCUUCAAACUGAAAGAAAUUAUGAAAAUGAUUUUACAUCUUGGAAAUACAUUAAACCAAGGAACUGCUAGAGGUUCUGCUCUUGGGUUCAAAUUAGACAGUCUCUUGAAACUCACAGAUACGCGUGCAUCCAACAACAAGAUGACGCUCAUGCAUUAUCUUUGUAAGGUGCUUGCUGCAAAGACACCAGCACUUUUAGACUUUCAUGAAGAUCUUGUUAGCUUAGAGGCUGGCUCUAAGAUACAAUUGAAAUCUUUGGCAGAAGAGAUGCAAGCCAUUCUCAAAGGCAUAGAGAAGGUGAAGCAGGAAUUGGCUGCUUCGGAAAACGAUGGUCCCGUAUCUGAAACUUUUCGCAAGACAUUGAAGGAAUUCGUCACUGUUGCUGAGACCGACGUUGCAUCCGUGACGCAUCUCUAUUCUCAUGCGGGGAGAAAUGCAGAUGCACUAGCUCUAUAUUUUGGUGAGGACCCUGCACGAUGCCCUUUCGAACAAGUCAUUGCAACCCUCUUGAACUUUGUCAGAAUGUUCCGCAAAGCUCAUGAAGAAAACUGCAAACAAGCCGAACUAGAAAAGAAGAAAGCUCGGAAAGAAGCUGAAGUGGAGAACACCCAAGGAUUAACUCGGUCAAAGAGAGCGAGAAACUGAGUUGAAUGCUUUUUAAUGGGUCCAUAUAGUUUACGCUGGAGGAUGCAUCCAACGAUCCCUCAGCUUUGCUGGAAAUGCGGGGCAGAGAGUGCUGUCGAGCCAUCAGGAAAUAUGAGAAAGCCUGGUGGCCAUUGGGUGCUGAUCUCAUCGGAGAUUUCUUCAUCAGAGGUACGUGUUGAGUCUUGAAACUCCGUUGGAUGCUGGCAGGUUGGACUACUGAGAAAUAUGCUCAUCGCCAGAUGAAACCUGUACAUAAAUGCUAACCCUCUACUUAGAAUCAACACUAAUUCUUUGGUGUAGUUCUAGAAUUCGAUUUGGUUCCUCGUGUGGAACCUUUGAUGAAAUGCGCCCUUGAAUAGUUACCCAGUCGAGAGGAUAUAUAGACGAAUAUAGUCUAAGAUACGUAGAUAGAAGCAUAGGUUUUUUUUUUUUGUCUUGACCAUUUCGGUUUCUGGAGAUUGGAUAGAUUCAUUCAUUAGUGAACAUUUUUCCAGCUC